AAACCAAGAUCAUCUUAUCCACUCCCAAAUCCCCUCCGCCCCCAAAGAAAAGAAAACACAACUUCAUAAUCAAUCUCCCCAAUCCUCCAUUCCCAAUCCAAAUCCUCCAUUUCCAAUUCCCACCUCCAUGGCCAUGGCGGCUCAAGCAACCCUCUUCACCCCCUCCCUCUCCACCCCCAAAUCCGCCGUCAAAAUCCCAUGGAAGCAAUCCCCAGCUCUCUCCUUCCUCAACUCCAAGCCCCUCAAGCCCACAUCCGCCCCCCGAUUGGUCAAGAUCGCCGCCGAGGCCGAGGCCACCACGGAGGCCCCGGCCGGAUUCUCCCCGCCGGAGCUCGACCCUAGUACCCCCUCCCCGAUCUUCGCCGGCAGCACCGGGGGCCUGCUCCGGAAGGCCCAGGUCGAGGAAUUCUAUGUCAUUACAUGGGAGUCCCCGAAGGAGCAGAUCUUCGAGAUGCCCACCGGCGGCGCCGCCAUCAUGAGGGAGGGCCCCAAUUUGCUGAAAUUGGCCAGGAAAGAGCAGUGCCUUGCUCUGGGAACCAGGCUGCGCUCCAAGUACAAGAUCAAGUACCAAUUCUACAGGGUGUUCCCCAAUGGGGAGGUUCAGUAUUUGCAUCCCAAAGAUGGCGUGUACCCUGAGAAGGUCAACCCUGGGCGCCAAGGCGUGGGGCAGAACUUCAGAUCCAUUGGGAAGAAUAUCAGCCCCAUUGAGGUGAAGUUCACUGGCAAACAAGUGUAUGACUUGUAAGCAAAUUUAUCAGCUUUUUGGGUUGCCCUUUUUAGCUUGUGUCUAUUGUUGUAAUGUUUUUUGUGAUAUCAAUACUGUCAUCUCUCUCAACUUAAUUGUUAUAAUAUCUCCUCUGUUGUUGUUUGUUCUUCUGUUUGGUGGAUUCUGCUAUAUAAUUGUUGUGAUAGAUGUUGGAUUUCGAGGCUAAAUUAUGAUGAAGGUUUAAUAGAUCAUGUUUCAAGCUGUA